AUGUCGUCGCCUAUCAUUAGGGUUCAUUGGUUGGAACAAUCCAGAGCAUUCAGACUUUUGUGGUUACUAGACCAUUUGGAACUUGAAUACGAAAUCAUCCCUUAUAAAAGAGAUGCCCACUUCCGUGCUCCUCCAGAAUUAAAGAAAAUUCAUCCAUUGGGGAGAUCUCCGUUGCUGGAAAUUGAAGACAGAGAGACUGGUAAGAAAAAGAUACUUGCCGAGUCUGGUUUCAUAUUCCAAUAUGUGUUGCAACAUUUUGAUCACUCUCACGUUUUAAUGAGCGGAAACUCUGAUAUUGCCGAUCAAAUCAACUACUAUUUGUUCUAUGCGGAAGGUUCAUUGCAGCCGCCCCUGAUGAUCGAGUUCGUUCUGUCAAAGGUGAAGGACUCCGGCAUUCCCUUCCCCAUUUCAUAUUUGGCGGGGAAAAUAGCCGACAAGAUUAGUCAAGCCUACUCCAGUGGUGAGAUGAAGAACCAGUUCGACUUUGUAGAGGGCGAAAUUUCCAAAAAUAAUGGGUACUUGGUUGACGGAAGAUUGAGUGGUGCUGAUAUCCUAAUGUCCUUCCCUUGUCAAAUGGCCUUUCAAAGAAAGUUUGCUGCGCCUGAGGACUAUCCUGCGAUUUCCAAAUGGUUAAAAACCAUAACGUCGGAGGAAUCGUAUGCCGUCAGCAAGGGAAAGGCACGUGCCUUGGGUAGCAAGUUCUAA